AUGUGUCAAUGUCGGGGUUGUCUGGAAAAAAAAGUGCGGCCAUUUAUUUUGAUGUUUUUGUAGUAAUUGUUCAAGAACACAGAAGUAACACAAUUUAAUUAGUGUUUCUGCGAUAUCUGCUUGUUAAGUUCGACGAGGAUUUAAAUUUAAAACCAAUCCAGUGAGAAGACCGGCAGCAACUAUUUUCUAAGAUCAAGGGAUCACCAGACGGCCCAACCAUGGCGUCUGCUGUCAGACUAGUGGCAGCCCCUAUCCACCUGGCAUUGGCAUUGACAUUAUUGGUGACUCUAGUCCAUGGGUUUGCCUUACCGACCAUAAAUGUACAGUACAAUGCCAAAGUGGGAACAGUUAUCACAGAAAUCAAGAACGUCGGACAGACGUUCAUCUUGGAUCCAGAGGGCAGUGACAUUUUUAGAAUCACAGAGAGCGGGUCUCUCGUAACCAAGCGGCCUCUUACAGGGCUACUUGACACAAGUCACACACUCACUAUCAAACACACCAAAGAUGUACAUUCUUGGUACGAACAAAUCAAUGUUAAAAUAGUGGACACGGGGAAGGAUUCCAAGCUGCAUUUUGCAGAUAGCAGAUACGAGGGGUUCAUUAAUGAAAAAAAUAGCCCCAACUCCAAAGUGCUGGGACUUUCCGACAUAAAAGCUGUCGUGCCAGUUUACGCACAAGACAUGCCAAUCGUGUACAGUUUAUUGGGUGAUGGCAGUGAAAAUUUUUACUUUGACCUUUCCGAUGAGGAGCUUGGGGUCCAGGUGUUUGCUGAGACUGUUUUGUCUAUUGAGGAUAAAGAGUUCUACCAGUUGAAGCUGCGUGCAGUUGUAAACGAAGAGGUCGCUGAGACCGAGAUCCAAGUUGUGGUCCUCGGCCUGCACCCUCCAGUCUUCAUGUUCCCCGUAUUUGCAUACAGCAUCGUGGAAAAUGCACCGGCCGGAACCAUUGCGGGGUCUGUGUUCGCAACAGAUGAAGACCGUAAAGGAAAUGGCCGGGUGAGCUACUACCUCCAGAAAGACAACAAGUACUUUGCAAUGCAGUCAAAGAUUGGGAAGCUCGUAGUAAUAUCCCCACCACCUGCCGGCAUUUAUGAGCUGGACGUCGUUGCUCGUGAUUGGGGAUCCCCAUCUCUGGAAUCAGUUCCUGCAGUGAUUCAAAUAGAAGUCAUUCCCUCCUCCUCUGUUAGGAUUCCAUAUGGAGACGACAUUAUGUACCCCCCAAGCGACGCGCAGCAGGGUAAGCGACAACGCCGUGCGGCUCUCCCUGAGCAGACAGUGUCCGUCCCAGAAAGCGCAGCGAUCGGGGAUGUUGUGUACAGCGUAGAGAACGUCAACGACACCGAUAUGUUUGCGCUCAACCCUCAGAAUCCGCUUUUCACUGUGGAUGCAGCAUCUGGUGUCGUGAGCUUAGCCGAGAUGCUUGAUUUUGAGCGAAAUACUAUGGAAGAUUUCACUCUUGAUAUCACAAGCUCCAUUGAUGCAAUUAAAAGAGACACCCAGCGUGUUGUGGUUAACGUAGACGACGUGGACGAGUCGCCUAAGUGGGAUUUGAUCGUGUACCCAUACAUCCAUGUCGUACCCGUUGAUGCCCCUAGCGGAGCCUCCCUCUAUCAGUUGAUGGCCUCGGACCCUGAAGGCGCCACAGUUGGAUUCUUCCUUAAGUCAGGCGGGAAUGGCUUGUUUGAAGUGGACGAGAGCAGCGGAUGGAUCAAAACGAAGCUGUCGCAGGGCGAAACGUACACCCAAGAUGAGGAGUACAUCCUGAGUGUCUACGCUGAGGAUGCCACCAGCAACAGGGUCAACGGUCAAGUCUCCAUCUUCGGGGGUAGCCACCCGCCUCAAUUCACCCAGGAGGUGUACGAAGCCACCGUCACAGAAGAAGUUAAUGGCCAACAGAAUGUGAUAACAGUGAGUGCGUUUUCCUUCCGCAAUGUUGGUGUGACGUACGAGAUCCUGGAGAACAAUGUUGACUACCCACACACUAUUGGAACCUCUGGCAUAAUCACCCUGACACGGAAGGUCGAUCGGGAGCAGAUGAGUUCUUAUUUCCUUGAUAUUAGGGCUACAGAAAGUGGUGUAGACAACCCUAUGUCAGCCGAAGUCAGGGUUAAUGUACAAGUUCUUGAUGUCAACGACUGUGAUCCCAAGUUUGAGCGUAGUACAUUCAGCUUUAGGGAUGUCGAUGAAACUAUCAGUACGGAUACAGCUAUCGGAUCAGUUGCUGCGACGGAUUGCGACUCUGGUACGAACAGCAUCUUAACCUACACCCUCAUCGGCGCAGACGGCGACAACUUCCGCAUCACCGAGACAGGACAGCUCUUCCCAAACACCAGACUCGACUAUGACCGCGGAGAUUCAUACUACAGCUUCGAGGUGCAGGUGGUGGAUGAAGCCGGGGGCGAGGACACGGCCACGGUACGAGUUUUCAUGAAAGACGUCAACGAUGAACCGCCGGUCUUCUUGAACACCGAGGGCUACCUUUACUAUGUGGAUGAAGACGCGGACAGUGGGUAUAAGAUCGGUACGGUGUACGCCAGUGACGCUGAUCCAUCCGACAUCAUCACUUUCGCCAUUGCGGGAACCAACUUGUUCCAGAUCGACUCAUCAACAGGUCUUUCCCCAUCACCUUCUUGCUCAGAAAACUGUGCCUCCACAGGUUUGACAGGCGUCAUAUCUCGUCUAGGUACCGGCAACCUACCAGACGCCAGGUACAUUUUCAAUGUCACAGCGACAGACAAUGGAAACACGCACACCUCCUACGCAGUUGUAGAAGUCCAAGUGAAUGACAUCAACGACAACUCUCCAGAGUUCCCAGACUGUGGCACGUAUGCCCCAGAGGUAUCUGAGGAUGCCAGCGAUCAAACUUUCGUCAUCAAGGUUACAGCAACGGAUGCGGACAAAGGUGAAAACGCAGAGAUCCUCUACCGCAUCAUCGGUUCCAAUCUCCCGUUCUCCAUCGACCAAGAUACCGGCGAUAUCCAUACCCAGGAUCCAUUGGACAGAGAAACCAACCCGUCUUACGAGAUCACGGUGUCGGCUACGGAUAAACCCAGCAACACCUUCAGUAAUACCGGGUUCUGUACGUUCACAGUCACCAUUUUGGAUGUCAAUGACAAGCGACCGGAAUUUCCGCUGGAGACGUAUGUCGUGUUUCUGAGUGAUACUGCACAAAUUCUUGAUGUAUUUUUUACUGUAACGGCGGAGGAUGCAGAUGAGAAUUCCGCAAUAGAGUACAGUUUAGACACCGACCAAUUUGGUAUUAAUCAGCAAGGUGGCAUAUUUCCAGUUGUAGAAGUCGGGCCGCUUUCCGGGACGACCGUUACUUUUAGCGUAAUCGCUUCAGAUGGACAAAAGAACAGUCAGAGUAAUGUCCAAGUGACCAUCGGCACCGACGUUAACCCGCCGACGUGGGAUCAAAGUUAUGGACCGCUAUCAAUCCGUGAGGACUCUCCCGUCAAUGACAUCGUGCAAGCUGUCCUAGCUCGGCCUGCCACCUCGGGCAACUCCAUCACGUACGAUAUCGUGAUCGGCCAGAUACCAGAGACAAAUUCCAACGAUCAGUUCAGUAUCCUUAGGAGCCCUGGAACCGACGGAGGAAACGUGAUUGUCAGAUCGCAGCUGGAUUAUGAGACAACCAAGAGCUACCAUCUGGAGAUGCAGGCAUACAGUGUGGAGACCCGACUGUCUGCCUUCACCACCCUUGAGGUCACCCUGAUUGAUGUGAACGAUGAGAGCCCAAAGUUCACCCUUGGGACGUACGUUGCUGCAGUCCCAGAGGAGACGGCCAACCCUACGAUCAUCACCGUCGAGGCAUUCGAUGCCGACACCACAGCCGCCUUCAAAAGGGUGACGUAUUCAAUUAUCCAAGGUGAAAAUUCCAAUGACUUUAAAAUCGACCCAACAACUGGAGUCAUAACGAGCUUGAUUGAAUUCGACCGUGAGACGAAGGCGUCUUACGUCUUUCAAGUGUUGGCCAAGGAUGGCGCCCCAUCUGACAUUCCCGCGCUUGGUGGGGAGCCAAACUCAGAUCAGGCAUCGGUCACGAUUAAUGUGAUCGACAUUAAUGAUAACAGCCCUAUAUUUGCUGAGAACAUGUACGAGAAGUCGGUUCCUGAGAACUUACCCGUCGGGUCAGAGGUCAUCAUUGUGACGGCAACAGACGUGGACUCAGACAGCGUACCUCGAUACCUGAUCACCGCCAACAACACUGGGGGUGCUUUUGACGUCAACCCCACCACGGGACAGAUUAGCAUUGCCUCCCCAUUGGACUACGAGCUCACGACAGAGUACUGGCUCCAGUACACGGCCAACGAUGGGCUGAAUGUAGCCACAACGACCAUACGAAUCAUAGUGGGCAAUAUCAACGACGAGAAGCCCAUCUUUGAACAAGACGUCUACACUGUUAAUGUCCUUGAGGAAGACGAUAGUUUCCCAAGAGAAAUACUGCAGGUUUCAGCGAAUGAUGGCGACGCGGGCGCCGACCAAACACAAAUCAAAUACUCCUUGGAAGGAUCCGGGGCUGGUGACAAAUUCACCAUUGGCACUUCGACGGGGCAAAUCAUGCUGAACGCCAAGCUGGACCGGGAAGAGGAGAGUGAGUGGAGGUUUGUCGCUAAGGCAACAGACGCCAACGGAGGGGGACUCACCGGCUAUGCCGAUGUUAUCGUUGUUGUUGAUGACAUCAAUGAUAACUCUCCGACAUUCCCCGAUUUAGAGUACCGGGGAUCAGUACCAGAGAAUUCAGUCGGAGGAACGCCAGUGAUGACGGUGACUGCCGUCGAUCUUGAUGACCCAACCACUCCCAACGGCAAGAUCGGCUACUCCACCGUCAGCGGGACGGAUACUGACAAUGACGGGGCUGAACUGUUCGACAUUGACGGUAACACAGGGGAGGUAAAAGUGAGGCCGGGUGCCAUGCUUGACCGAGAGACGCAGGACUUUUACCAGCUGGUGAUUCAGGCUCAGGAUGGCAAUGGCGCCGGCGACACAGCAACCACUACAGCGAUAAUCACCAUCAGCGAUGAGAAUGACAACGCACCCUCGUUUGUGGGUGGGCCAUUCACUGCCGCCGCCCUGGAGACGCUGCCGCGUGGUGCCACGGUGAUCGAGUUGCCCGCCACGGACGCUGACGUGGAUUUCAACGACGUCGUCCAGUUUGAGAUCACGGCCGGUAACAGUAACAACCAUUUUGCGAUCGUCUCCGAUCCAGUCACUCUUAUCGGCAUCGUCCAAAUUAAUGAGCCCUUGGACUAUGAGUCGUCUCCGCCCUCCUACACGCUGACCGUCACAGUGUCUGACAACAUCAACCCCAGCGACUUGACCACAGUCACCAUCACUAAGGUGGACGUGAACGACAUCACUCCGACAUUCACCCCAUCCGCCUACUACCCCUCCAAUGUCCUGGAGAGUGUAGCUGUGGGGACAGUCAUACAGAGAGUCACAGCAACAGACAGUGAAGCUGGAGACUUUGGUGUUUUCACAUUUGCAAUUGACCCAGAGACUGAUCCAGACGGUCUGUUUAUGAUAACGGAGCCGAUUGGUUCAGGAGCGACUCGUAGUGGGGAAGUCCGAGUCGCCAAAGAGCUGGACAGAGAGACUCAAGCCCAACACAAUUUGAUCCUCUGGGCCACCGACCUAGGUGAACCGCCACUUAGAGGCAAAGCAAACCUCACUCUCGUCCUCGAUGACGUCAACGACACACCCCCUCGCUUUGAAGAGUACAACGCCACCAUCGAAGAGAAUGUGGGCACAGUUCAGUUGGUCGUCAAGCUGAAAGCAACGGAUGACGACACCACAGGCGCUGAUCAGUUCUUGUACGAGGUGGUCACCACUAAUAACCCUGACACGGAAAAGUUCACCUAUGAAGACACAGCCGGUAACACUUUCACUAUCAGGACAAAACCAAUAAUCUUCGACCGUGAAGAGCAGGCGUUCUACACAAUCCCAAUACGUAUCACUGAACUGAUCCCGGGCGGCAACAUUGGCGUCAGCGACGUCAUCGUCACAGUUUUGGACAAGAACGACAACCCGCACUUUGGUCGGACGAAGACGAUGCUGGUCUACAGUUUUGAAGGGAAUAUUGCCGAAACACGGAUUGGAAACAUUCCCACUUCUCCAAUCGGUUUCGUUGGCGUACUGGAUCCUGAUACCAUUGAGGACAAGACCUACUCAACAAAGAGCGAAUUCCCUUCCGAAUACUUUCAGGUUAACGAGGACACCGGUCAAGUGACCAUCCUAGCAGGCACACCAGGUGGCCUGUACGAGUUUGACGUCAUAGUGAAGGAUGAAAACGUGUUCCCAGAAGCGGAAUCCACGGUCAUUGUAGACGUGCGCGACCUGCCGGAGGAAGCCGUUCGGAGCUCCGGCUCCUUCCGCUUCGAGGGUGUGACUGCCGAGGAGCUGAUCCAGACGCCGGCUGAUGGGUCGCUGAGCAAGAUCGACAUCCUCAAGGGAAUCCUUGCCGAGAUCAUCCCCGCUAAACCGGAGAAUGUGGACAUCUUUAGCAUCAUUAAUGUCAAGGGGCAGCCGAACACCGUUGACGUUCGUUACUCUGCUCACGGGUCGCCGUUUUACCCACCGGAGAAGAUGGACGGGGCAGCUCUAGAGAACAGGGACAGGAUUGCGGAAGCGUUGGGCGUGACCAUCGGUAUGAUCAAGAUUGAUAUGUGUCUGAUGGAGUCGGCUUGCGAGUCUGCGUGCACCAACGUCCUAGAGAUAGACACUACACCCACUGUGGUCAACACUCCUUCAGCCUCCUUCACGUCCAUCACCACGCGCACUGUGGCCAAGUGCGUGUGUGGGGCGGACGUCCAACAGCCUGGGCCGUGUGACUUUGACGCGUGCUUGAACGGUGGUACUUGUAAAGACACCCAGGGUGGGGGACAUACGUGUACUUGCCCAACUGGAUUCAAUGGUCCAAACUGCGAGCAGACUAUGCGCGAAUUCAAGAACGGCUUCGCUCACUUCAGUUCCCUGCAGCAGUGCGAGCAGACACACACCAUGGUGGAGUUCAUCACUACGCUACCGGACGGCGUGAUACUCUACAACGGCCCCAUGACCCCUCUGACCCCCGGGGACCUGCCGAUGGAUUUCAUUCUGAUCCAGUUGGAGAGCAAGAAGCCGGUGUUGUACAUCAACCUGGGAUCUGGAACGCUUAGGAUGGAAAUCCCUAGCACCGCGGACCUCGGCGAUGGCAAGUGGCAUCGACUGGAUGUCUAUCGGGAUGGAAAGAGCGUUGAGUUCAUGCUGGAUCGUUGUAAGAGUGCAAACAUCACAGAGGCCUCCAGUUCCACCAUCCAGCAAACUGAGGAUUGUAAAAGCACAGGCGUCACACCCGGAGAUAACAAGUUUCUCAAUGUCAACACACCCCUUCAACUCGGCGGGGUGGACCAAUCCUCCGCUUUUACCUACCCUAGCGAGAUCACCUUCGGGGCUGGCUUUGACGGCUGCAUGAGAAACGUCGAGCAGGACGGCGCGGUGUACGAUCUCCAGACGCCUGGGAAGACCGUCGGCACGGAGCCGGGAUGCUCCCGUCUGGAAUGCGGGGAGUGUAACAACGGGACAUGUGAGGGAGACUUCAACACCUUUGUCUGUCUGUGUCAUCCAGGCUUCAUGGGAGAUGUGUGCGAUACAUCAACCCCACCUUACGACUUUGCUACUGACAGUUACGUCAACUACCAGCUACUGCCUGCAGCCCAGCUGGACAAUCGCAUGGGUGACUACCAAGUGACGUUCCGCACACGGAUGAAAGAAGGUCUGCUCUGGAUGAUCACCAACCAGAACGGCUUGGAAUUCACAUCUAUAGAGUUGGUUGAUGGCUUCGUCAGGAGUCGCUGGAAUCUGGGCGACGGGGAGAAAUCCGUCCACCUUGACCAGUACGCCGUGGACGAUGGGGACUGGCACACGGUCCGCCUGGAGCGCUUUGAUUACUACAUCACGGUGAAGAUCGACGGCGGUGGCGGCGUCAGACAGAAGGAGAACCAUGAGAGUUUGUACAGCAGGCUGGAGGUCGAUCCUAACAGUCUGAUCCUGGGAGCGUUUGUCGUCAGGGUUGUGGAGAUCUCCCAAGAUUUCAUUGGAUGUAUGAACGAUCCUCGCAUCAACAACUUCUAUCUGGGAUUCUCGGGAUCAACGACGUACGGCACAGCGACCCCAUCUAAUGGUGUGAUUGAAGGCUGCUCAAGUUACGACCCAUGCUUGAGCAACCCCUGUCCAGCGUCAUACAUCUGUAUUGACCUAUGGAGGAAAUACACUUGUGGAUGCCCAGACGGCUCCAUGGAGGACGAGGCCAACGGCGUCUGCAAACCCAUCGACGAGUGCGACAGCAGCCCAUGCCUGAACGGCGGCAAGUGCGUGGAACUGGUCAUUGGGUUCAGGUGCGACUGCUUGGAUGGGUACAUCGGGUCGAUAUGCGGCACAGAGAAAGCGUUCGUCAUCACCACGCUGGGUCUAGACCUUGGGGCCAUUCUCGCCAUGAUUCUCUGCCUCAUCAUCAUCAUCAUACUGCUGCUUGCGUUCGUCCUCUACAAGCGUAGCCACGAUCAGAAGCAGGCCUUGGCCCUCGCCAUCGACCCAGACGACGACAUCCGGGAGAAUUUCAUCAACUACGAUGAGGAGGGAGGCGGGGAGGAGGACCAAGACGCGUAUGAUGUGAGCACGCUCAGGAAACCCAUCGACCCGAUCCCGAUGGACGAUUACAUCAAGCCGCCUGUGACGGAGGCACCGCUGAACAGAGCGCCAAGAGCCCCUGGUGACGAUCCCAACGUCGGUGACUUCAUCAACGAUCGUCUGAAGGGUGCGGAUGACGACCCCGACUCCAACGACACCAUGAGGGACUUUGACUACGAGGGUGAGGGUUCCUCAGCGGGCUCCCUCAGCUCCCUGAACAGCAGCAGCUCAGACGGAGACCAGAACUACGACUAUCUCAACGACUGGGGACCGCCGUUCAAGAAACUUGCCGAUAUGUACGGCGGUGGCGAAGACGAUUAGAAAAAUUGCGUCGUGUGUUUGUUUUUUUAUUUACUUGCAACGUUUUUUAAGAGGUACUGCUUUUAUAGAAUUAGGAUUGUCAAUUGAAAAGUUUACAAACAGCUAAAAUAAAAAUAAAAGGUAAAAAAUUAAUUUUGAUGACGGAACAUAUUUUGCCUUUAGCUCUUAUUAAGACGCUUUUAAGAACAGUGUUUCAGGGGUUGUAAAAAACUUACCCCAUUUUAAAAUAUGUGUCGAUGAUGAAACUAACAUUUUCCAGCAAACGAAGAAGCCAAAGAUGUGGCUGAUACUUUGAAAUGAAUGUCCCAGGAUUUCUUGUCGACACAAAUGUCACUUUUUUUCAUGGCUGGUUGUAGCGUGUACUCCCUUAUCAGGAGUUCUCGAUGAUAUCAUUGUACAAAGCAAGAUUGAUGUAGAUUAAACUAAAAAGAAUUUCAUGUGUCCUUUGCCUACUAGAAGAAUUGCAACAUUUCGUGAAAGAUUUCUUCGUGAAAAAGGAACGAGCCUUAAGCGAUGAGAGUUUUGAUGCUGGCGUAGUUAUUUUCUAUCAUGUGAAGAGUACUAUCUGUUCUUUGUAAAUAUGUUUAGUAACUGUUUGUUUUACGGCUAGAUACCCUUUUAUGGUGCAGCAAGUUUAUGUUUAGUUCCAUAGACCAUUUCGCAAAUAAUCAUUUCGCGAGGGGCUAACUGUUGAUUGAGGGGCAUACUGGGUCUAGCCAUGACCAAACUUGAUCACUAGCUACACCCGCAAGUACCAAGUAUUUGCGUGAAGGUCUAUUCACAUACGCAGGCCGAUUUACAGAUUGCGGGAAGAAAAAUUAGCCAUGCCCUGCUUUAGAUAUUCAAUCAGUACCAUAGUUGUUAUGGAGAAACAAAACGGAAAUUUAAAUCUUUAUGUGGAAAAAGUCAACCUCUGCGUGGACUAUAGAGGGCAGUAUUUAUGCCAAGUCUAGAGUUAUGUUAGGAUAGAGUUUCAAAGUUGCAGGUACCAGUGCCAUUGUACAAUGGGAGUAUCGUGAAAGGCCACAUAGUGCAGUGAAUAUUGUGUCAUUGGGGUCCAAGUUGACAGAACUUACUCUUUAGUUCUCUCCCAAUUUCAUGGAGCUACUACCCAAUUUCAUGGAGCUAGACACAAAGUAGCUAAGCAUAAAAAAAACUGCUUA